AUGUCAACGAGAAUAAAGUUAACUCCUCAAGAAAUUAUUGACCAUUACAAAGAAAGCCCUAUCCCAGACUUUGCAGAGGCUUUCGGACCACUCUUAUCUAAAAUACAAUAUAAACCAUUAAAAUACGACGAUUUCAAGAAAUCUAAUCCUGUAAUUCUACCAGGCGAGCAUAAUAAUCAACAUAAGAACGAGAAUAAGUCUAAAGAUUCAAACCACAAACAAUAUAAACACAAUAACAGUCCUCUACCACAACCACAGCCACAACCAGCUAUACCACCUAAUAUCGAAGCAUUAGCUCAAGUUCAGGAAGAGCACAAAGAAAUUACAUUCGGAGAUAUUGUCCAAAAUAAUGCAAAUAAAACUGAACAAGUUAAUACAGCACCACAACAAGAAGUCGCUGCACAACAGCCAACACAACAAAUCCAACAAAACAAUCAAACUCCUCAAUUUGGAUUCCAACCAAUGAAUAAUCCACAAUUCCCACCAGGAUUCAAUCCACAACAACAAAUUGGAUUCGGAUUCCCUCAAAUGCAGCCUCCUUUUGGCUUCCAACCACAGCCAAUCUAUGAUCCAAAUCAAUUUGUCUUCCAGCCACAGAUGAUGCCACAAGUUCCAAUGGUAUUCACAUUCAAUCCAUCACCAGCACCACAAACUCCUCAAUUCCAGCCACAAUUUGUUCCACAACCAAAUCCAACUACAGAAUCUGUUCAAACAGCUCCAGAACCAAAGCCGGAACAGCCAAAAGUGGAGACACAACCAGUAUUCCAGCCACAGGAGAAGCCACAAGCUCCAGUUCCAGAAAUUUCCAAGAUCGAGCAAGAUGAGCUCCAAAACAAGCCGAAAGCAGAAGAAACAUCAAAGGAAACAGAGAAAAUCGAAGUCCAGCCAGCCAAAUACACUCCUCCUGUUGACUUCUCUCAGUUAGAGAACGAACAAAAGAAAAUCAAAGAAUCUCAGAAGCCAGAGAAGAAACAGACACCAAAAGAAGAUAAGAUCUCAUACCAGCCACAGCCAUACAAUCCUCCUGUUGACUUCUCCCAGUUAGAAAACGAACAAAAGAAGAUCAAAGAAUCCCAAAAGUCAGAAAAGCCGAAACCGAAGAAAGAAGAAGUCAUCACAUAUAAUCCAGCACCACAACAAUCCCCUGCCAAUGAUUUCGGCUCGAUUGAAGAAGAAAUGAUGGUUAAACGCGCAAUUGAAGAAUCUCUUAAAGAGCAACAGAGAUCAAAGAACAAAAAACAGGAACAGGUCAUCCAAUACGGUGCUCCCGUUAAGUUCUCAGGCCAAUCAAUGGACGACAUCAUCAGGGAACAAGAAAAACAAAAACCUAAAGUUGAAAAACAAGAAAAAAUAUCAACAGGAAAACGUGGCAAAUACCAACCAUUUGUUGCACCAAAGAAAGAACCUCUUCCUCCUCCUGUUCAGCCAAAUGUUCCUUCAUUCGAUAAGCUCUUGAAUGAAGCAGAAGCAGAUAAAAAUCCAAUCAAAGUUGUUCAGUCAAAACCGACACAACCAUCGAAGAAAUCGAAGAAAUACCAACCAUUUGUUCCAGAAGAGAAACCAAAACAAGUCUUCCAAACACAAUCAUCCCCUGUAACUCCUUCUUUCUCUUCUCUUCUCGAAUCCGCUGAAAAAUCUCAACAAAAAACUCAACAAACAACAACAACUCCAAAACAAACUAAUAAUGUUGUUGUUGGCGGAAAGAAAAAGAAGAAAUAUGUUGAUUAUGUUGAACCAGAGAGAGUCAUUACACAGCCACAAAGACCUAAAUCAAAUGGUCCUUCAUUCGAAGAGUUGAUGGCUGCCGAAGAAAAGAAAAAUCCGCAAAUUUCUCAGCAACAAAAUUCGGGAGGAAGAAAGAAAGGUAAGAAGAUUGUUAUUUCUGAGAAUAUUAUUACACAUCAUGUAGAUGUUUAUGAUCCAGAAGCAGAAGAAGAAUACGUCGCACAAAGAAGAAAAGCAGUAAAUCAACCAAUAAAGACAGAUUUCGCUUCUUUACUCGAAAAAGAAGAAAAAUUAAGCGCUAAAUCAAACAAACAAAACGUAAGACUUGGUUAUACUGCAACAAGAACACAGGCAACAGCUACUUCAUUCGAACAAUUGAUGGCAGAAGAACAACAAAAGGCAGAACAAUUCGAAGUCGCUGGUUUCGGUUUGGAACAAGAAAAUCAACAAUUUUCAACUUUCGAAGACAAAAAAUCGAAGAAGAACAAACAGCAGAAGAGAAAUAUUGGUGCAAACGACUUCUGGGACUUCGACGAUGUCAAUGAAGAUGAUGAGAUCAUUACUGAAGUUAAACCUCAAAAUAAGAAGAAAUCUAAUCCUUAUUUGGCAAAAAUUUCUAAAGAAACUAAACAACAGAAGCCAAAGAUGUCUCGUGAAGCUUGGAUGGCUAAUAAACUAAGCGAACACGGCGUAGAUGAAGAGGAAGCAACAGAAUUUGCUGAAAUUCUUGUCACAAAGAAUCAAACUGAUAUGUCAGAUUCACUCAAGUCUGUUAUUGCUGAUCCAAGAGUUGCUAGUAAUAUCGCUUCUGAAUUCUUCAAAUUAUAUUCUUUCAUUAAAUAA